AUGACCGAUAUCACCGUCGCAGUUAACGGAGUGUUGGGCCGGAUGGGCUCCACCGUGUUGAACGCGGUGGAGCUGGAACCAGGAAUGGUUCCCGUUGGAGGCGCCGACGCGUUAGCAGGCGACGGGAAAUCGGUCUCAACUUUGGGAGGCAUGGAUCUGCCUUUGGCGUCGCACCUUGACAUCCUUUUUGGAACUGUCAUCCCCGACGUCGUCAUCGACUUCACUAACGCCGAAGGCGGCAGCGCCGCGAUGCGUACCUGCAUCGCUAACGGGGUUCGGUGUGUAUCUGGUUCGACCGGUUUGACGCCUGAAGAGCUAUCCGCUAUCGGAGAUCUCGCGAGCCAAGCGAACGUCGGAGUGAUAUCCGCUUCGAAUUUUGCCUUAGGUUGCGUGGUCCUCAUACACUUGGCACGUAUCGCGUCGAAUUACUUUGACUACGCCGAUGUCAUUGAGAGCCAUCACGAGAUGAAGAUCGAUGCUCCUUCCGGCACCGCUAUCUCCAUCGUCCAAGCAAUGCUCGAGGGUAAAGGCGAUGAUUUCGAUCAAAACAUCGUCGAGAAAGAGUUGCUUAGUGGCACCCGCGGCGGAUCGACCGGCGGCAUCAACGUUCACAGCGCAAGGAUGCCGGGACGAGUUGCCCGACACGAAGUAGUGUUUGGCGCUCUCGGACAAACUCUCACUUUGCUCCACGAUUCAAUCAGCCGCGACAGCUUUAUGCCGGGAGUAAUGCUCGCGGUACGGCGAGUCGUGGACGAAAAGUCAAUGAUUGUGGGCCUCGACAAGGUCCUCGGAUUCUCUGAUUAA